ACGCAUAAGGGCGAUUUUUAUUGAUUUUUAUUUUUUCACGCUUACAGCUAGGGGAUGCCUUAUUUAACUGUUUAAAACUAUGUGGAAAAAUAUGUAAUACAUAAUUAAUGAUUGUUGGUUGAGUCAGAAAAGGGUAAUGGAAUAAUAAACUGAUUUGCUUACUAUGUUGGGGCGGAGUUUGUAUUCGGAUACGGAAAAGGAAGCCUUGUUUAGGAAAUACAGCUCAGAAGUUUGAGAAGUUAAGAAAAGGGAAUUUGUUUAAUCGCAUUUUGUCGUAACAUUACUUAUAUUUCCAAGCUUUAUUUAAACAAAGUGCAUGUCACAAACAUUUAUAACGCAUUUUGGGCGAGAUAACAGAACUUGAACCUCGUUCAGUUAAUAUUUGGCGAGCGUUUGUACUGUAUCUAUAAACGUUUUUGUGUAGUGAUACCAGCAAAAUGGACAUAAUACACCAACAGCGUCGGGUCGAACCAAACAAGAGAUUUUGGACUAACAAAGGAUUGUGGCCAGCAAGGAUUCUGUCCGUGCUCGGCAGUGUAGCGGUGGUGUCAAUAUUCGGCUUCCUAUGCGCCUUUUUAUAUCUCAUCUUGGAAGAGCUGCGGACUGAGAGAGUGAUUCAGAAGGAUGGCUCUGAGGUUAGACUCCUGGGGUUUUGGAGUAUUCUGGUGAUGUCAUUGACAGCAGGAAUCUGCUGCUGUGCCUUCACAUGGACCAUGACCUACUUUGACUCUUUUGAGCCUGGCACAUUUCCCCCAACACCCCUUUCCCCUGGCCACCUCAGACGGGGGAGUGGUCACUCCUUCCAUGCGGGAUACAGUGUGGCGGUACUCAACGGCAUCGCAGCAGCAGUCACCGUUGUUUGGAGCCUCACCUGAUCCUACCCACAAUCCUACGCUCCCCCUUGGCCUAACACCACUCACAAACCCGGUGCUCAUCCUAAACCCAUUCACAACCCCCUGCUGACCAGCUGCUCUCAUUUCUGGGUUUGCCCUGCUAUGAUUUUAGCACCGAGCAUAAGUUUGAGCCAUUUACCAAGACACUCUUAUCCCGAGCAAAUAACAUUUUAACCAUGUUUAUGGAGAGCAAAAGUGAAGCUGCAGAAAAGGAUGUGUUACUUGGAGAAAAUGGGUCAGGUACAAAUACAAGCUUCUUACUCCGUCAUCUUCAAUAGCUCUUCAAUUUGGUUCUGAACACCAUUCUAUUCUUGGCCAAAUACCAGAUUGAUGCAUAGAAAUGCGUACAUAUCUACCUACUGAGGUGUUUGUGCCCAAAUAGUGCCAUAUGGAGAGAUCAGACAAGGCACGUGUUUACAAUAUUGUUUAUUAAAAGGCUAAUAUAUAGCCUACAGGGUUAUGUGUGAUGGACAUGCUGUUUUUCUGUGUUUUACUGGUACUCCUAAACUACUGAAUGUUACUGUAGUGCUGUCACUGUGUCUUUCUGAUGUACUACUGAACAGUAAAGAAUCUAUAAUUAUCC